AUGAAGCGGAUCUUCGGCGCGAAGAAGUCACUGCCGCCGCCGCCGACGCUCGGCGACGCGAGCGCCAAAUUAGAAACGCGCACCGCGGGCCUCGACGAGAAGAUCAAGAAGCUCGAGGUCGAGCUCGCCGGCUACAAGGAGAAGCUGAAGAAGGCCAAGGGCCCGGCGGCGAAGACGCUCAAGCAGCGCGCCAUGGCCGUGCUCAAGCGCAAGAAGAUGUACGAGGCCCAGCGCGACCAGCUCGCGGGCCAGGCGUUCAACGUCGAGCAGACGUCGUUCGCGAUCGACUCGGUCAAGGACACGCUGACGACCGUCGACGCGAUGAAGGCGGCAUCGAAGACGCUCAAGACGGAGUUCAAGAAGGUCGACAUCGACCAGAUCGAGGACGUGCAGGACGACCUCGCGGACAUGAUGGAGGACAUGAACGAGGUCCAGGACGCGCUGGGGCGGUCGUACGGCAUCGGCGACGACGUCGACGAGGCGGACCUGGACGCGGAGCUCGCCUGCCUCGACGACGAGCUCGGCAUGGACGAGCUGGGUCUGGAGGACUCGACGCCGGCCUACCUCCAGCCCGCGGACCCGGGGGCUUUGCCCGAGCAGCCCACGAAUUUGCCGCCGGCGCCG